AUGGCGCCACCAACACAGAAGCCGUCAGGCUCGAAGUCCAAGAAGCCAAGUGCGAAAGCCAACCAGGCCGCCAAAGCCACCCUCAAGGGCGUGCACGCCAACAAGGCUCGCAAGAUCCGCAAGUCGACGUCGUUCCACAGACCGAAGACUCUUGUCCUCUCGAGAUCGCCCAAAUAUCCCCGCAAGUCCAUUCCUCAUGAGACCCGACUUGACCACCACAAGGUGCUCGUCCACCCUCUGAACACCGAGAGCGCGAUGAAGAAGAUCGAAGAGAACAACACGCUGGUCUUCAUUGUGGACGUCAAGGCCAACAAGCAACAAAUCAAGGAUGCGUUGAAGAAGUUGUACGAUGUGGACACUGUCAAGAUCAACACCCUGAUCCGGCCUGAUGGCACCAAGAAGGCCUUUGCCAGAUUAACGUCAGACGUGGAUGCCCUGGACAUUGCGGCUACGAAGCUGUCGAUUGUGUAA